AUGGCUCUAUUUUUGACGCGCGUCAAUUCUACUGGACGGGGAAGUCCCAAAGUUCGGUUGCGCGAUAAACAGGAACUUCAUGUGGGUUUAUUGGUUCCCCAUACAAGUUUUGGAGUUCGUGAAUAUAUCCGAGCAGUUAAUUCUGCAAUUCUCAGUUUGCAGAAAGGUAGAGGUCCUAGGCUAAAGUUUUUGGACGCUUUCGAAAUCACGCCCAAAAUGGUGCACCUGGAAAUGAUGACGUUGACGCCUAGCCCAACAGCAAUUCUCGAUUCGCUGUGCAAUAACUUUCUUCCCCUGAACGUCUCUGCGAUACUGUAUCUGAUGAACUACGAGCAAUACGGUCGCAGUACGGCUUCCGCUCAAUACUUCCUCCAGCUGGCAGGAUACCUGGGGAUACCGGUAAUAGCAUGGAAUGCCGACAAUUCAGGACUCGAACGUCGGGCCUCUCAAUCGACGCUUCAGCUCCAAUUAGCGCCUUCGAUCGAACAUCAGACUGCUGCCAUGUUGAGCAUCCUGGAAAGAUACAAAUGGCACCAGUUCUCGGUUGUGACAUCGCAAAUUGCCGGACACGAUGACUUCAUACAGGCAGUCAGGGAGAGAGUAUCCGUCAUGCAGGAUCGUUUCAAAUUCACCAUCCUGAACGCUAUCUUGGUAACCAGUCCAAAAGCCGAUUUAGUGGAAUUGGUUCAAUCGGAAUCCCGGGUGAUGCUCUUGUACAGCACUCGGGAGGAGGCGAGCGAGAUCCUCCUGGCCGCCAGAGAUCUACAGAUCACCGGCGAGAAUUACGUGUGGGUGGUGACGCAGAGCGUUAUCGAAAAUCUCCAGACGCCCUACCAGUUUCCAGUGGGAAUGCUUGAAAAUCUGAUGACAGUUCAUGAACCAAAAGUUUAA